AUCAGUAUUUCAAGACCAUCAACAAGAUCCAGUACAGGUUCAAUAAUGCCCCCACAAUUGAAAGCAGAGGUAAACGUCAUGCCCAAGGUUGUUCAGGGAGAUUUGCAGAGCCUGCCUCCAGAAGCAAGGGAAUUCAUUGAAAGUAAUGCCAAGCUGUGCCAGCCUGAGAGCAUUCAUAUCUGUGAUGGCUCAGAAGAAGAAAACAAAAAAAUUCUGGACAUCAUGGUAGAACAAGGCAUGAUCAAGAAGCUGAGCAAGUAUGAGAACUGCUGGUUGGCUCUCACCGAUCCAAGAGAUGUGGCAAGAAUUGAGAGCAAAACGGUCAUCAUCACUCAAGAACAGAGAGAUACCACUCCAAUCCCUAAAACUGGAACUAGCCAGCUGGGUCGCUGGAUGUCUGAAGAAGAUUUUGAGAAAGCCUUCAAUACCAGGUUCCCAGGCUGCAUGCAAGGACGUACAAUGUACGCCAUCCCCUUCAGCAUGGGGCCUAUUGGGUCUCCUUUGUCCAAGAUUGGGAUCGAGCUGACAGAUUCACCAUAUGUAGUGGCCAGCAUGAGGAUCAUGACACGGAUGGGAACAGCUGCUUUGAAAGCCCUGAGCAACGGGGAGUUUGUAAAAUGCCUUCACUCUGUUGGAUGUCCUCUACCGCUGAAAGAACCAUUAAUCAACAACUGGCCAUGCAACCCAGAGUUAACACUGAUUGCUCAUCUCCCGGAUCGCAGAGAGAUCAUUUCAUUUGGCAGUGGUUACGGAGGAAACUCCUUACUGGGGAAAAAAUGCUUUGCUCUCAGAAUUGCCAGCAGAAUCGCCAAAGAGGAGGGCUGGCUAGCUGAGCACAUGCUGAUCCUGGGCAUUACCAAUCCAGAAGGUGAAAAGAAGUAUUUUGCUGCAGCAUUCCCUAGUGCAUGUGGAAAAACUAACUUGGCCAUGAUGAACCCAAGCCUGCCAGGAUGGAAAAUUGAGUGUGUGGGUGACGAUAUUGCCUGGAUGAAAUUUGAUGAACAAGGCAACUUAAGGGCAAUCAAUCCAGAAAAUGGCUUUUUUGGUGUUGCCCCCGGAACCUCAGUCAAAACAAACCCCAACGCUAUUAAAACCAUAUUCAAGAACACCAUCUUUACCAAUGUAGCAGAAACCAGUGAUGGAGGUGUCUAUUGGGAAGGCAUUGAUGAGCCAUUACCACCAGGAAUAACACUUACUUCGUGGAAGAAAAAGGAUUGGACCGCAGAUAACGGAGAACCUUCUGCUCAUCCCAACUCACGAUUCUGCACUCCAGCCAGCCAGUGCCCCAUCAUGGACCCGGCAUGGGAAUCACCCGAAGGUGUGCCCAUUGAAGGGAUAAUAUUUGGAGGCCGCAGACCUGCUGGUGUGCCUCUUGUAUAUGAGGCCUUUAACUGGCAGCAUGGAGUAUUUAUAGGAGCAGCUAUGAGAUCUGAAGCAACUGCAGCGGCUGAGCACAAAGGUAAAUAAAAAUUUAAUCUGC